AUGGGGAACAAAAGGCGCGCGAGUGUCACCGAGCCCUCGGAUGCGAACGAUGUUGAGGUGGCGCACAAGGCCGCCAAGAAGAGCAGACCGAAUGCGAGCCUCGUUUCACCUACCGGAAAAGAUGAAGAAGGCAAUCCUUUUUGGGAGGCAAGCUUUUCGAGCCCAGUGCUGUCCAGCAAGCGCCGUGUGGGAGUUUCCAAGUUCAACAACGCGACCAUGAUCAACAUUCGAGAAUAUUACGAAAAAGACGGCAAACUCUUGCCUGCCAAGAAAGGCAUCUCGCUGUCGGUGGAGCAGUACACCACGCUGAUCAAGGUUAUGCCUUCCAUCAACGAACAGCUUCGCAAAAUGGGGCAACUGGUCAAUGCGAUAGGUGGUGCUGAAGAAGAUGCCGAAGCCAUCGCGAAGAAGCCCAAGAAGGAAAGGUCGGACAAGGCAAACAUCGAAGCCACGAGCGACGAGGACGAGGACGAGGACUAG